UUCGACAAUAAAUACAAACAAAUCGUUGUUAAUUGGAUUUUUAACGCGAUAAUGAUUACUUGGCGUUUUAUAAACGCCAUAUAAAUCUCUUAAUACAGUUUGAAUUUUGCGGAUAUACGUGCAUAAAAGCGAAAGUUUCCAAUGGAGAGUGUAAAAGUGAUGGUUAGGUGCCGUCCGAUGAACCAACGCGAAAAGACGUUGAAAUGCCGAGAAAUCGUUUGUAUUGACUGUGCCAACGCGCAUUGCACACUGAUCAAUCCCGCAGAGCCUAACGCUCCCCCGAAAUGCUUCACAUUUGAUGGGGCCUACGGCGAUAAUUCCUCAACGGAACAGAUUUACAAUGACAUUGUCUUCUCUAUUGUUGAGUCCGUCACCGAAGGCUAUAAUGGGACAGUAUUUGCUUACGGACAAACCGGCUGUGGCAAGUCGUUCUCGAUGCAAGGCGUCUCCAACCCCACUUCACAGAGGGGCAUCAUUCCUCGUUCUUUUGAACAUAUCUUCGAAGCAACUGCUGCUGCUACCGAUACGAAGUACCUUGUGAAUGCGUCCUACCUCGAGAUAUACAACGAGGAAAUAAGAGAUCUGUUAGCUUCUGACUCAAAGAAGAAGUACGACAUAAAAGAGAAUCCUGAGACCGGUGUUUAUAUUCCAGGCUUGUCACUUCAUACGGUCAACAGCGUGACCGAAUGCGAGGCAGUCAUGGAACAGGGUUGGAAGAAUCGUACGGUAGGCGCGACUCUGAUGAACGCCGAUUCCUCUCGUUCGCACUCGAUAUUCACUAUUCACGUGGAACAAAUGGAGACCGGCAGGGGCAAACACAUUCGAAAGGGCAAGCUGAAUCUAGUUGAUCUAGCUGGCAGUGAGCGUCAAUGCAAAACGGGAGCAACAGGAAAUCGACUUAAGGAGGCGACGAAAAUCAAUCUCAGCCUUAGCGCGCUUGGAAACGUAAUAUCCGCUCUUGUCGACGGCAAGGCUAAACACAUCCCUUACAGAGACUCAAAGCUAACGCGCCUUCUGCAGGACUCGUUGGGAGGUAACACAAAGACCCUGAUGGUCGCUUGCCUUUCACCCGCAGACAACAACUAUGACGAAACCCUGAGCACUCUACGAUAUGCGAAUCGUGCCAAAAAUAUCAAGAACAAGCCUAAGGUCAAUGAAGAUCCGAAGGACGCCUUGUUGCGUGAGUACAAAGAAGAGCUCGAACGACUCAAGAAACUCCUCAUCGAUCAGGUCUCGGGAAAUCCUCCUCCGGCACCACUCCAAUCUCGGGAGAACCUGUUAGGUCGUACACAGAUGAAUAAGGAUAUGAGCGCUUUUAUGGAUGCCAGCAAAGCCAAUGAUGAACAUGUAACGCUGCAAAUAGAAGAUCUGCGUCAACGUUUCGAGCAAGAAAAACGUGCGAAAAACAAGUUGAUAGAAGACAUGAACCAGCUUAGAGAAUUCUAUGAACGUAAACUACAACAGCAGAAAGACGAUCCCAAUGCAGCAGUUAUAGAUGGUGAUCGAGACAGUCCUGAAAUCAAACACCUUAUCCAGGAUGCUACCAAUGUCAAGAUUGAAGAUGAACCCGCACUAAUGGAACAGAUGCAAACGACGGCUCUACAGCGACUGCAAGAACUUCAAAGGAAAAUCGUUGGCGGGGAAAAGGCCGAUGACCAGGAACUCAGACGAAAACGAGAGAAACGCAAAAACUAUGCUGAGAGACGGAUUCGUGCAAUGGCGGAAGUGUUAGCCAAAAUUGACGGCAGCGAUGAGAAUAUGCCGGACUAUGAAGAUAUGAACGCCCAACUAGAGCAUAAGACAUUGGUGUUGAAACGAGCAAAAAAAAAAAUACAGAGCCUUGAGACGGAAAUUAAGGAUCUCCAGGAGGAGUUUGAACGCGAACGCACCGAUUACUUAGACACCAUUCGUCGGCAAGAGAAGGCUCUAAAGCUGCAGGCACGCAUCCUUGACAAGGUUCAAGGCGUAAUUCGACGAGAUUGUAAUUAUACCAAUCUAGAACAGAUUCGGUCACAGGCACGUUGGGACGAGGAUCUACAAAACUGGCUACUACCAGAUGUCAAUAUUGAAAAUAUACGCUUGCCCCUAGCCAACGGCAACGUUAAUACUCUCAACGGUGGUAAUAACGACGCUACGAACACUCUACGGGAAGAUAACAAUUCAACGAGUAGCCACUGUAGCGGGGGGCGUAAAGGGGGCAGCUCAACGAGAUCUUUGAAGGGGAGCCUGACGAACGGCUGGCUUGACGGUUUCUACAGUUCUCCUAACGAACAAACCCCCCAUAUCAAAAACGGUCAUCUCUUCUUCAGCAACGGUAGCAGUAGCAGCAUCGUUGCUAAUGCAAAUCCACACGACUCGAAUAAUAAUCAGGUUGUAAGUAACACUACAGCACAAGGUCGGGUAGACGGGAUGUCUGUUCUGAGUGCGAAACAGCAAUUGAAUGACGAUAAUCUGGAAAUACAAAUAAAUGGUAAAAAUGUAUCGCCUACGGUCAGUGCUCAGGGGCUGUUUGCGGCGGCGGUUGUGGCCGCCCGUAGCCGUUCGCUGCCGAAUAAAAAGAACGGAUCUGGUACGAUAAGUCCAGAUAGCGGAUUCCUUGUACGACGACCAGCUAGGUUAGAAUCGCUCGGAGCGAAUGGGGAAGAGUUGACCUUGGCCGAUCCCCCAACAGGUCCAAGAGGACGUCGCAGGUCGCGAACGUACGAAGACCUCCUGGACGCCUGGCCAGCCGUUUAACGGCAUAACAUUGCCGCGAUAUUACGACACGACACAAUCACGUCUCAUCAUCGUAUAUAAACAACUAGCAUUAAUUCUAUUCUCAGUAUUCUGUUGUGAAGCAACGAGGUUCCAAAGACGAAAGGUCCAUAAUAAGCGUCAGCAACACAAAUUCGUAUACAUUGAUUGCAAUGAAAGUAAAAAUAUAUUUUAAACUUCCGUCAGCCUAACAGCAGGGUUUAGAGGACGAAAGAAGCUUUCUACAUUUUUGGACGAAGGAGGGCUUCACCGAUGCCGUUAUAGGAAAGCUAAUCUGUUGGAAUAGCGACACAACGAUGUUAACUGUUAUUACAAAUAUCGGUGUUCUUCUUGCUAUUAAGCUAUUGCAUUUUAAAGCGAAUUCUAUACAAAUUAAAUUGUAUAUUAUAGAUUCUAUUCUAUUACAACCCUCGCUAGAGUAAAAAUUAUGCCAGUCCGUAUCUUUUGUCAAGGAAGGCUCAAACACAGAGAGGUGACGAAAGCGACAUACCGUGUCGUAAUGCGCCCAGGCAGGAAGGCAGGCGCUUUUAAGGAUUCGGGGAAGACUACGCUGGUCAUGGGGGAACUAUUGACACGCCGAAGCCGGUAACAACGAACAACAGUAAUUAAUAACACGCAGCAACAUAACAAGAAAGCUUUUGAAGCACAAAUUAUCUGUAGAUGAUUAGCACAAUACAAUUGUUGGCCGAGAAAUUUUGAUAAAUAAAAGCUGAAGUGCCGUGUGUUUAUCCUUGAAGACUGUCGAUAUGCUCGUGCUUCAGCAACAGUAAGCGACAUCGACAGACCCCGACCAUUUCUCGGAGAACUAUGCAGAGUUCAGCGGUGUAUUAUUGACAGGAAAUAAGAGCAAGCAAAUUGCAUGAGAACAUAGGGGGCCGUAGUUUCUUAUUGCGUACCCUUUAGCUUCAGUUUAUGUAAAACGGUAUAACGAAAUAGCGAGUGGAUGAAUAGAAUAGGACAGCGGCGGCAGUAGAAAAAACUUGUUCGUUAGAAUCAAAUUGGUGCUACAAGAAGCCCUUUGCAAACGUAAGGAUUAUUAUUACUUGGGAUGAUGGCUUUGAGCAAUGCAUUGGCGAAACUCGAUAAUUUAUAUUUGUUGACCAAUGAACUAGA